UACAUUUUUAUCAUAAAAUUCCAAGACUCUUGUUGAAUUUUAAGGAUUUUGAGUAGAAUUACCAUGAAGCGACUGAUGGUAAACUUUUUAGGGCGUGUCACUUCCCGAGCCGUUAUUCAGCUACUAGUACUCGCUUUUCGCGGUCAAAGGUGCGGAACGCCUGGCUUAAAUCGUCCUCGGGGGCUGUCGUAUGGCUCCAGCUUGGGCUUCAGCUUACAACUGAGAAGUGUCUUUGAGGUGUUUUUGCCCACUAAAGAUGAAAGACAAAUUAAUCGAACCUCAGAUUUCAUUAUCUUUGUAUUCAUGGAUCUCUAUUSUUGUUGGGUUGCUCGUGUUCGUUUAUGUUAUCAUAAAGUGGCUCACUGACUCCGACGAAAAGACAAAAUGGUGGCGUSAAGGCGUUAUCUACCACAUCUAUCCCCGAUCGUUCUGCGACACGAAUGGAGACGGAAAUGGUGAUAUUAGAGGAAUMAUCGAUAAACUAGAUUACUUGGAAGAACUAGGAGUCACUAUCUUGUAUCUGAGUCCAAUAUUCCAAUCACCCAUGGUCGAUAAUGGCUAUGAUAUUUCAGAUUUUUGCGAUAUCAAUCCAAUAUUUGGAAACAUGGACGACUUCGAUGAAUUAAUAGAGAAUGUACACGAGAGAGGUCUUAAGCUUGUGCUUGACYUWGUACCUAACCACACAAGUGAUCAACAUCCAUGGUUCCAGGAGAGUUKCAAAAGUAAACGCAACCCGAUGCGAAAUUGGUACAUAUGGAGGGACCCUGGGAAAGACRGAGGACCWCCCAAUAACUGGACAAGYGUCUUUGGUGGAAGUGCCUGGACAUUUGAUCCAAUAACUAAGCAGUACUAUCUUCAUCAAUUCUACGAUGAGCAGCCUGAUUUGAAUUUUAGAGAACCCAAGGUUGUCAAAGCCAUGAAAGAUGUGCUCAGGUUUUGGUUUGACAAAGGUGUUGAUGGUUUUCGAGUUGAUGCAGUGCCUCAUAUAUUUGAAGAUGAAAACUUCCAAGAUGAGCCAGUAUUACCCAAUUAUGACCCAAAGAACCCCAAAUAUGAACAUUUAAAGCAUAUAUAUACUUAUGAUUUAGACGAGGUCCACCCAGUCAUUAGAGAGUGGAAACAGGUCUGUAAUGAGUACAAAGAUUCCUACCGUCUYUUGAUYGGYGAAAUAACUGAAGGUUCAACUGAAAAGUAUUAUGGAACCAAAGAAGCCCCUGAGUUUGAUUUCCCAUUCAAUUUCACUUUGGUUAACCUAAACAGGAACAACACAGCGGCAGAUAUACAUAAAAUGAUYCUUCAAUAUCUCAGCUCUUUACCCAAGGGYGCAUGGCCAAACUGGUUACUUGGCAAUCAUGAUGUUUCAAGAAUCAGCAGCCGAGUUAGUGAAGAUUGUAUGGGUGCUUAUCAGAUUCUGUUACUAACCCUGCCAGGGACACCCAUCAUGUACUAUGGUGAUGAAAUUGGAAUGGCUGAUGCUGACUUAGAAAAUUCCAAUCUUAAAGAUUUUAGAGAUCCCUACCGCACACCCUUACCUUGGAACUCGUCAAAGAAUUCUGGAUUUUCACCAGGGAAGAAAACAUGGCUUCCAGUGUACAGAGGUUUUGAAGAGAGCAAUGUUGAAAUUGAUCAGUUCAAAUCAACUUCAUUAUUGAGUCUUUGUACAAAAAUGCUUCACCUUCGAAAUAAAACUCAAGCUUUUAAAACCUUGGAGUUUGAGGUUGUGCAUGUGGAUCAAAGUGUCCUUGCAUACAAAAGAUCUCACAAACAAUCUGUUUAUCUGGUGGUUCUUAAUUUUGGAUGUUACUCAUGGGCUGGAUGUCUGGAUAAUAUUUCUGGACUUGGUACUUUGUUGAUUGACAGUACCACCAUUAAAGCGACAGGCACAAGGAUUAAUGUUAAACAGAUUUUAUUGCACAAAGGACAAGCACUAGUCAUCAAGAUGGACUGAGUUAAUAUAGUUAACAUAUUUUUUAACAAAUAGAUUCAUGUCAUAGAGCAAACUAAAAACAGUUAAAGGCYGAUUUACACAACACGAUCUUGAUGAUUUACCUACAACUUGAAAAACUAAUCAUAGGAUGUUGAUCCUUGGCUCAAAACUAUAAACUAUMCACCUUCAGUGACCUUGAAGAGUGAAGAACAAUUUUAAAGUGUAGAGACUUGUGAUUUAAUAACAGUAAAUUUAAGAUUCAUGGAUGUUUUUCAAGUAUUGACAAUCAAUGCAUACAUAAUUAUGAUAUUUUAGGUAGAGCUAUUUGAAGUUUUUUAUUACAUGAUAAAAAGUUCUGAAGUCAUUAAUUAUGUACAUUCAUUGGCAUGCCAUCUUUAUAAAUAUGUAUGAUAAAUAACAAUAUUACAAGYAUACUAUUUUUACAUUUCUUGAUUUAUUAUUACUAGAUAUUUAAUGCAGCAGUUCAUCUACACAUUAGAUUAAUGAAUAUUAUCUUCAAGGGUAUGUAAAUAUAAAGUAGUCCUACUAGACAUAUUUCUUCCAUUUCUUCCACGUUUGAAUGUAGGAUGAAAAUUGACAUAAUCUCUAAAUGUAUUCUACGGUUUUAAGACUUCAUUCUAAUAUAUUAUACAUAAUUUGGUUCCCAUUCAAACUGGCUUCAGAACAAAGACUGCAUCACUUAAAACAUAAAAGUUCUCAUACAAGUCUCCCUCACAUAAAUAAGGUAAUUUUGUAAAAUGUUCAACUGCAAAUCCACUAGGAAGAAACACACUCUCAAUAAGGCUUACAACUUGUUCCUUCCAAGUCUCUCCAUGUAAAUUAAUGAGCUCUGUUGGWGGAAUUAAGCUUCUUCCUAGAAGAAAUGUAAAAUUAUAGCAAUAAAUAAAGUGAGGAAUGUGACAAAAGAUAGCCAUGA